AUGAAAAACAUGAGAUCCCUACUUCUCCUCCUAUUCGCAGCCCUGCACCAAGUUUUGGCCGGCGUCACUGGACAUGACGCGAACCUUACCUUUGCGUUCUUCCCAGCCAGCCAGGGCGAUGCCUGCAGCUCCUACGACAUCAGCAAAGCCAUAACCCUCACCACCGAGUCACUACCGAACAGGAGCACAGGCUUCCAACGCCUACAAAGCAAGAGCGACACGGAUAAACGUCCCGGGGGCGUUUCCUGGUUGAUUCAAAACCAAGAGCUAUACGACCCAGAGGCAAACUACACUUGGACCUGGGUAAAGAUGGGUUCCGCCCAGCUCGAUAGCCAAGAUCCCUUGGGCCCGCAGUCCAGUCCGUGGAUCUUCUACCAAUAUACGCUUGCCGAUUGCCAGCAGAUCCGGCCGGGCGAUGAUGAUGAUGACGACGAUGGAGACGCUACGCCGUGGUCCAUGACCGACUGCGGGACGCCCGACGAGGGCUUGUGCAUGUCGGCAUCGCGUCCAAUUGGAAGCUUUGCCAUCAACAGCCUGGGCAACAGGGAGCAGAGGAAGGGAGGCUGCGGGGGAUGGGAGACGUUUGAGAAUGCCGCUACGACGAGCGCCAAGAUGGGCGGUUUGCUCGCGACUGUGGCCGCGGCCUUGCUGGUGCAACGAGCUUGGACCAUGUAA